AUGUUUUUCCACAAUAACUACUUUAUCUUUCAUCAGCUUGGGGCUCCAGUAUACUCUGAUAACUGCCAGACCUGCGUGUGUACAGGAAAUGCAAACACUGCCGAGCCGAAAAUCUCAUGUACAGAUACUCCAUAUAGUGUACAGUGCCCCUUGGGCUUUAAACUGAAGAAGAGCACACAACACUGCUGUGGGGAGUGCGAGCAGACUCACUGCGUCCUGAACUUCAAUGAUUCCACUACUACUUACCAUCUCAUGAAUCCUGGAGAGAUGGUUCUUUCUGAAGAUAACUGCACCCUGUAUAGCUGCGCUGUGAUCAGGAAUCAGUUCAUCACAUCAAUGUCACAGAUCUCUUGUCCUCUAUUUAAUGAAGAUGACUGUGAACCUGAAACUAUUGAUUUUUUACCUAAUGGCUGCUGUAAAACGUGUGAUAAAAAGACAACUUCAUGCAAUCUGUAUGAAUACUAUGACUAUCUGUCAUACAAUAAUUGUCGCACAGUAGACUUGGUGAAGAUGGCUCGUUGCGAUGGGUCAUGUGGGACAUUUUCCAUCUACUCUUCAGUUGCAAAAGCCAUGUCACAUAGGUGUGCCUGUUGCAAGGAGGUGCAGACCAGCCAGAAACUGGUAUUGCUCCAAUGUGACGAUGGAAGUCAAGUAGAGCAUGAGUACAUUGCAGUGGAGAAAUGCGACUGUAUGGACAUAACAUGUAAACCAGUGGAUCUCGAUGAAGAAAUGAUAUCUGCUUCUACCGAGGACCCAAGAGAAAGCUUAAGCUCAAACAAUCUGCAUUAACAUUUCAAUAAACAUAAUACAAAGACGAAUGGAAACCCCUACAAAACCUUCUGUAAACUGGCAUU